UGUAAGUUCACAUUUUCACUGAAUUAAAACUCUUUGGAAGCCUUUCACUCUUCCCGCCAGUACUUUUAACCGCUAUUCUAAAAUGAAUAGGCUAUCUUCCUUUCCCACCGCCCGCCGCCGCAUUGGUGCUCUAACCACCGUCCUCCGCCACCACUCCACCUCAGCCACUAAAGCCCUCUUCUCCACCAAAUCACCGCUCAAAACCACCGGCGAGCCUCCUAGACAGCAGCCGCCUGUAAAAGCUAAACCCCAAUCGAUUCAACCUAAUUUAACACGACGAUCCUCUUACCCUGUACCUCGCCAAUCCCAAAACCCUAAAACCCCUAAUUUCGAUCGUCCUUUGGAUUUCAACAAAUUACGUGACAUUCUCGUCGAUUCCGAAGUCCAGCCAGGUCCAGAUCUUGAAAAUGCCCUUACCCAAUCCGGAAUCGUGCCUACACCGGAUUUGCUGUUGCAAAUGUUCAAUCACUUCGACUGUUCCCCAAAACCCUUGUAUUCCCUGUUCCUCUGGGCGGAGAAGCAGACUGGGUAUAAAUUCUCCGUGGCAGUUUUUAAUGGUGCUAUAAAUGCGCUGGGGAAGGCCAGAGAAUUUGGCCGGGCUUGGGACUUGAUACAGAACAAGAUGCUCGGCAGUGACAAGCCUGAUAUGGAUACGUUUGCUAUUAUGAUCAGGAGAUAUACACGAGCUAGAUUACCAUCAUCAGCCAUUCAUGCUUACGAAUUUGCGUCAAAUUUGGAUUUUCUUGAGGGUUCGGAUGUAGAGCAUAAAUUGUUUGAGAUUUUGUUAGACUCGUUAUGCAAGGAGGGACGAGUGAAGGUAGCGUCCAAGUGUUUGGCUAAUCGAAGGUUGCAGGAUACGAACUGGGUUCCAUCCAUUAGGAUAUUUAAUAUCCUGUUGAAUGGUUGGUUCCGGGCAAGAAAUCUUAGAGGUGCUGAACAGUUAUGGAUGGAAAUGAAAAAGGAAAACAUUAAGCCAACCACUGUAACUUAUGGUACACUAAUAGAAGGAUAUUGCCGAAUGGGCCUUGUUGAUGUAGCAAAUGAUUUGAUUGCUGAAAUGAGAAAGGAAGGCGUGGAGCCAAAUGCAAUUGUGUAUAACCCCGUAAUAGAUGCUCUUGGUGAGGCUGGGAGAUUCCAGGAAGCACUGGCAUUGAUGGAACAACUUUCAGUAUUGGAAUCUGGUCCAACUCUUUCAACUUAUAAUUCCCUAGUGAAGGGCUUCUGCAAGGCGGAAGAUUUGGAAGGGGCUAGUAUAACACUCAAGAUGAUGAUAAAUAGGGGGGUGUUGCCAAGUAUUACUACUUACAAUUACUUCUUUAAGUACUUCUCAAAGUCAGGGAAGAUUGAAGAGGGUCUCAACCUCUAUAAUAAGAUCCUUGAGUCAGGAUAUUCCCCAGAUCGGCUUACUUAUCGUCUGUUGGUGAAGAUGUUAUGUGAGGAAGGAAGGUUGGAUUUAUCAAUGCAAGUUGUUAAAGAGAUGAGGUCAAGAGGGUGUGAUUUGGACUUGGCAACGAGUACCAUGCUUAUCCAUUUACAAAUCAAAAAGCACCAACUUGACAUGGCUUUUGAUGCAUUUGAAGAUUUGAUUCGCAGGGGAUUGGUUCCUCAGUACCUCACAUACGAGGUAAUGAGUUCUGAAUUAAGGAAAGAUGGAAAAGAAGAAAUAGCCCAGAAACUCUAUGAUAUGAUGUCAACUAUUCCUCACUCAAAGAAACUGCCAAAUACUUUUGGUGUCCGCAGAGAUCUUUCACAUGCUAGAAAAAUAUCCAUAAUGAAGAGGGCCGUAGGGAUGUCGAAUGUCUUAAAGACCUGUAACAACCGGCAGGAGCUCUUAAAGCGUAAGAAAAAGCGUAGGAAGAUGCGCUGAACUGCUAAUCACAUGCAAUGAGGUGAAUGAAUAAUGUAAAGAAAUGGUGAGCAUGAAACAAAUUCUUUACCUGCAUCAAGUUCCCACUCAAAGGAAGAUUACAAUGGAUGCUUUGCAUUCAUUCUUCAAGGAUGAAUAACUAAGUCGAAGGUCUUGGUCAGCAACAUCAGAAAGAAAUGGUUAAUUGCAGCUUUUACAGGUAUAAAUUACUUCAGAGAUGUCUUGUUGGUAAUUUGGUUCUUCAGCAGAAUGGCUUAUCGGCGUUCAUAACAUUUUCCCUCUUUACUGCUCCUCAAGACGGAAAGAGUUUAUCUCCAGUUAUUCUUUCUUGACUGUUUUUUGAUAUAUGAAUCAUGUUGCUUCUUAUUCAUGAAAGACUAGCCAAAAUUUUAAAUUCUUUAAUCCAUAAAGUGGUAUUUUUGGGCACCUCUUGAUUGUCUUUUAACCUCCUGCCUGAAGUAGGUUUUUUUCUUUUAAUUACAAAAAAAAAAAAUGAAAGAAUAUUUUAAAAUGCACCCAUCCUCCCUCCCAACCCUCCUCUCAGUUCUGUUGGAUUUCAGAGCUGAGGAAUAAUUGUUUUGGAAAAUUGAGAUACUUGGAACCAGAUGGCAUGAACUGGUUGUAAUAAAUAUCAUACUCUCUUUGGUUAUCAUUUGAUAUCGAAAAAAGCAUAACUUGCAGAGAUUUUCUUAGAUGUGAUUGUAAACAAUUGGGGUUGCCUGCCUUAAGAUUAGCAAACAAAAAGGAGGAGGAUAACGGUUAUAGAAAACUUAUUAUAUUUAACCAAUUAGAAGUAGAAGGAUAUGGUGUCUGUAGGUGUCCUCCAAGCAUGCGG